CUCCUGGGAAAUAUGGGGGAGACAGAGGAGGAGAAGGACCAGGCAGGGAAGCUGUUUGAGAACUUCAUCCAGGCCUCCACCUGUAAGGGCACCGUGCAGUCCUUCAACCUCCUGUGCAGGCUGCUGGAUCUAGACCCUCAGGACCAUGAGACGUUCUACUGUAGUUUAAAGACCAGGCUCACAUCCUGGAGGGCCAAAGCCCUCUGGACCAAGCUAGACAAGAGAACCUGCCACAAGGAGUACAAGAAGGGCCAGGCUUGUGUGGGCACCAAGCUCUACAGAGUCUUGCCCCUUUCAGCUUGGCAGAAUGGUGCAUUACAAAGCUACACAGCACCCUCAAUCAGUCACCAGAAUGCUUUCAUAACACACAGCCACAGACAGCAUCACUCAUCUGUUUACAGAAUAGGAGAUUAAAGGCGUAAAAUGAUUGACGGACAUCUCCCACAGAUAGUGGUACAGUAUAUGGCUCUCCUGUUGUGAUUAAAUGACUUUACUUUCUUCACAAGGAGUGGAUGGCUUAAGCGAUGAGUUAGGGUUUGGUGGUGGUUCACAGGGAAUAAUAACGUGAUAGCAUUCCUCACCCAGCCUCUGGAGCCUGCUGGAGCUACAAUCUGUAUAGGAUAUGAAGUCAUCCCCAGUUUGUUACUGCAUACACCUGGUUAUAAUGCUAAUGACACACACCUACUGUUGGUUUCUUCUAUAUACGUUUUUAAUGAGGAACACAAUGAAGGCCCAUAUUAAUAUUUUUUAAAUACGAAGCAGAUACACUGAACAGAAUGGUCAUAGGACACAUGUUACUGGGCUUAGUUUCUUUCACUGAUUAUGCUGUUAAAUGUAAGUGCUUUAGGCCUGUUGAAGUGGCUUCUUGAGCCCGAGAUCUGACAAGCUUAUUUUAAAAGUGUCAGAGUUGCUUUGUGCUCGUCUCAUCUGAGAGGUCUGGAGAAGUGAGCUGGAGUGGGAAGAGGCCCAGUGAGAGAGACGAUUAGUUUUCCAGGGCGGUGCCGCUGUCCAGUGCCAGAUUCUAUGGAAACUAUUUGGACCGGCUAUGUCCUGAAGAAGGCUGGAUGAAGUCAUGUUCUCGCCACACAUUCUCAGAAGGAUCCUUUAACCCACAAGAACUGACUUCAUGCAUAUUUGAGGGAGGCAGAUGCAUGAAUCAUGUCUUUGAUAGGACUAGGCUGUAAUAAGGAUCUACAGUUGAGUGCCUUAUCAUCGGGGGAGGCCCAUGUGGCUUGCGGACGGCCAUCGAGCUGGCUCUGCUGGGGGCCAAGGUGGUGGUGAUUGAGAAGAGGGACACCUUCUCCAGGAACAACGUGCUGCACCUGUGGCCCUACACCAUCCACGACCUCAAGGGCCUCGGGGCUAAGAAGUUCUACGGCAAAUUCUGUGCUGGAGCCAUAGACCACAUCAGUAUUCGUCAGCUCCAGCUCAUGCUGCUGAAGAUCGCCCUGCUCGCAGCUGUGGAGUUCCACGUCAAUGUGGAGUUUGUCAAGCUGCUGGAACCUCUAGAAAACCAGGAGGAUGACGGGCCUGGCUGGAGAGCUGAGAUCAGGCCUGCCGAUCACCCCGUGGCUAGUAUUGACUUUGACGUGGUGGUGGGGGCUGAUGGGAGGAGAAAUACCCUGGAAGGGUUCAAGAGGAAGGAGUUCCGUGGUAAGCUGGCUAUCGCCAUCACGGCCAACUUUGUCAACAGGAACACCACGGCCGAGGCCAAGGUGGAGGAGAUCAGUGGUGUGGCCUUCAUCUUUAACCAGAAGUUCUUCCUGGACCUCAAAGAGGAGACAGGUAUUGACCUGGAGAACAUUGUGUACUACAAGGACAACACACACUACUUUGUCAUGACAGCGAAGAAGCAGAGCCUACUGGACAAGGGGGUCAUCAUUCAUGACUACAUAGACACAGAGAUGCUGCUGAGCAGUGAGAAUGUGAACCAGGAAGCUCUGCUGGGUUACGCCCGCGAAGCUGCUGACUUUGGCACCAACUACCAGCUUCCCACGCUGGACUUUGCCAUAAAUGCCUGUGGCCAGCCGGACGUGGCCAUGUUUGACUUCACCAGCAUGUAUGCUUCGGAGAACGCAGCGCUAGUCAGAGAACGCUUCGGACGCCAGCUACUGGUGGCACUGGUUGGGGACAGCUUGUUAGAGCCGUUCUGGCCCAUGGGUACAGGGUGUGCGAGAGGCUUCCUGGCUGCUUUUGACUCAGCCUGGAUGGUGAAAAGGUGGGCUGAGGGCAUGACCCCUCUGGAGGUGCUAGCUGAGAGGGAGAGUCUUUACAGAAUUCUGCCGCAGACAACCACUGAAAACAUUGCCAAAAACUUUGAGCAGUACACCAUUGACCCUGGGACUCGGUAUCCCAACCUCAUCUCCACCUGUGUCAGGCAAAACCAGGUGCGUCACCUGUACAUCAAUGGAGAGCUGCCAGUGAAGUCGUGCUCUCUGGUGCGUAAUGGUACAAUACGUCGCCCUGUGAACCUGGCCAGACGAGAGUCGGAGAUCAGGCCGGUCAGGCUGCUGACGUGGUGUCAGAAACAGACCGAGGGCUACAGGAACGUGAGCGUGACAGACCUGACCACCUCAUGGCAGAGCGGCCUGGCUCUCUGUGCCCUCAUCCACCGGUUCAGAUCCCACCUCAUAGAGUUUGAUUCGCUGAAUGAGGAGGAUUCGGCUAACAACCUCCAGCUGGCAUGUGACGUGGCUGAGCGGGAGCUUGGGAUCCGGCCCUUCACCACUGGAAAGGAGAUGGCUGCUGGUCAGGAACCAGACAAGACCAGAAUGGUCACCUACCUCUCCAAGUUCUACGAGCUGUUCCGCGGCACCCCCCUCCCCGUCUCAGAUUCUAGAGGGGCCGACGAAAACAGUGAAGACUAUCCUUCCAAGGCAGUCAGAAGUAUGAACAAAGUUCUGGUACCAAGAAAAAGGGUACCAAAGGAUGAGAAGAAGCUAGAAGAUACUGACCCAACGUACAAAAGGAGACGAAAAGUCUGCAGUUAUUUGGAAGAGGCAACCAACUUCUCCAGUCAGAGUGCGUCCUGUGUGGGUGAGGGGAGGGAGGUGAAGAAGAACAAGGUCCGCUCCAUGGCCAGCCAGCUCCUGUCCAAGUUUGAGGAGAGCAACCCCAGCUUCACCCUCCGGAGACAGGGUUCCUUGUGGAGGGAGUUCCCCGGGUCUGGUGACAAGUGUCACUCCUGCCAGAAGCGCGUGUACGUGGUGGAGAGGAUCAGUGCUGAGGGACUUUAUUUCCACAGGGAGUGCUUUCGCUGUGACACCUGUGGCACCGCCCUGCGCCAGGGAGGCCAUGCCUUCGACUCUGAGCAGGGCAAGUUAUACUGCAAGCUGCACUUCACACAACGUAAAAAUGGAAUGAACCAUCGGAGGACAUUCAAUUCACAUCUGGGUCAGAAUGGAGCCGGGGUUCAGGAGGGAUCAGAGACACAGACUCCCAACGGUGACCCAACAGAAGGCCUGCAGAGCCAGUCACCAGGUACCUUCAGCUCCCGCCUGAGGAAGAGCCUGAGCUGGCCCCUGAGUGUGACCCGGGCUGUGUGUGACUCCCCCCGCCGCCUGUCUCGCUGGGUGCAUGGUACGGCCCAGGCUGUGGCCCUCCACUUUAGGGCCAAUGUACAAGACUAUGUCUUCCUGUAUGAGCUACUUAGCCUGGGAGUGCCCCUGCUGUUCAUGCUCCAGGAGGUGCUGCUGCAGAUGUACUCUGAAACCGGGCCUGUCUCCCAGUCCAUCCAGCCCCUACUGCUGUGGCUGGAGGAACACCUGGGCCACAGGCUCAUGUAGAGGCCCACCAGGGAGGAAAGCCUAAUCCUAACCCUCGUGCAAUAGGGUCUGAACCCUGGCCGAACAUUAACUGCCGUAUCUUGCAUUUGUGCCAUGUCAUAUGACGGCAAGCUACCAUUUGACCAUGUGUACAAGCACCUUGUUAAUAUUUUCUCACAGAAUAUGUAGCUGUGAGUGCAUUAGAUCUAAUCCUACACCAACCAAAGAACAAAUAACAUUUCCCAAGCAGUAGCUUGGUUUGUGAUACGUGUGGUAGUUUUUCAUGAACAUUACAUUUUUCUUUAUGAUGAGGGGUUAUGUCCUGUACAUGGUUUCAUGGUGGUCUAAAUCAUUUACGGUAUGUGGUUGAUAUGACUGCUGAAAUCAUCCAAUCUAUUUUGCUCUAGAGUUGAGUCGUUCAACAACUGACUGUCAAAAUCGAGCCCGUUUUUACAUGGCUUAACUCAGGUUAUGACAGAGUUUUUGUGCGGGAAAAAGUAAUCUAAAUGAAAAGACUGACUUGAAACACUUUAACUUGGGGAGCUGCCUUGACCUGUGGCUGAUGCCUGAUGAAUGGUGUGGGAGUUAAUGGCUGCCUAAUAGCUGUCCAGGCCUUGGAUAAUGACUAGUGCUGACGCUGCACGUUUACUAAACCCUGCUGAACUCACAGGUUGGGGUCGGGGGCCAACGUGGAUCUGUGCUUGACCAGAUUUUCUCAUCUUUUUUUUCUAUUUCAAUAUUGUUUGACACACGUUUACAUUUAAAAGUUGUUAUUGUAAGAUUUCCUAUGACCCCAUGACCGUAGUGUACUUUCGCUACACAUUAUGAUAACUUUUAUUGCUUUAUUUUAUGGCCCAGUGCCUCCAGUAUUUUUGUGCGUUGUCCGUUGUACUUAAAAAGGGGAAGAGAUUUCAUGGCCGUGGGCUUUGGUUUACUACCCCAGUUCAUGGACUGUUUAAUGCUUACUCAUUGCUGCCACCUAUUGGUGAAACAGAUGCAAGGCCAAAUUCAAUUUACUGUAUGAUGAGGUGGGAUAAGGGACAAUCUUCUAAAGAGUUGUUGUGUGUUUGUAAUAUACGUUUUCUUCAUUUUUGUUAUUUUGUACAAGUCUAUUUCACUUAAAUAUGUUUCUCAUAAUGUUACGAAUAUUGCUGAAAGGAAUUGUUCAGGAGGACAGAAUCUGACAUGAAAACUCAGGUUAUGUUUGAAUGCUGUGGUGUGUAUGUUCUUUCCUGAACCAGAAGUUACAUAAUUCAUGCAAUACACUGUACAGUGCUAAAUUGUGUGUUGUUGAGUAGCACAAUCUCAUGUUUUCUCAAUGCCUUUUCUUUGACUAUCUAACAAUUACAAAGUUUCAAUACAUUUUACCUGGAUUUAACCCUUCCUCUGAUUUCUCUCUGUAUUCUAACCUAUAUUUCCUUCCUUUAAUUUCUCCUCAUGUUCACUUGAAGUCUGUUUUCAACUUUCUGAUGAUGAGCCUCCUGAUUGGUUAGGAGACAUGCCAUUCUGAAGGUGAUCACCUGCAUGGUCACAUGGUUUUGUGAAUAAUGUUUUGGAGUGAAUGUCUGGUCAGAUUAGUCCCAGUUACUGUCAGGACUUCCACACACAAGUAAAAAUUGCUUCUAACCCCUGUGUUUGAUCUACAGACAGCAGUAUUUAAGCAUUGUAUUUAUCUGUUUCGUCUGCAUCCGGCGAUACCAACCAUUAGCCGAUGUACUUGACGGGGGCUGAACUAGAGCAGUGUUUGUGAGACAAUGGCGGUUCCUGAAAAAGGUUCUUCUCACAAAAAUGUCUACUCUACAAACUAUUAUGAUCCUACUAUCGAAAGGCUGAGACUCACAAACACACACGUGUACUCGCGUAGACAGCUUUCUGUCAUGUAGAGGCAUGUCACUCUUUCUCCCAUCUUUUGUCAUCUUUCUUUCUCUCUUCCAGAAGCUGUCACCCAGGAGAACUUUCUCUUGACCCACACAAACAAAGGGAAUUAAUAUCCCAAUAGGUUCAUAACUCAUGUUGUCUGAAAUUAAUGCAUUGAAUAAUGUAUUAUGGGACUUCGAAUGCAGUCUGCUUUUCUCAUGGAGAUUCUGUGUUGCUUUAUGUAUGACCUAAAGCAACAAAUGUAAAUAAAUGAACUGAGUUAUUUGUCAUCUUGA